AGCAAAUGUAAUGCAGCCCUCUGCGAGUCCUCUGUGUAUGAGAGUAAUAAUAAACCCCACAUACUGCAUGUUCCGGUGUUUCUGAUGCCUCAGGCUGUGUAUCCUCCGGCGUAAGACGAAGCACCAACUGCCGGCAGGAAUCAGCUUCCUCUCCGGCCAGGAGUGCAUGCGGAGGGCCGGUGGCCGACAGGGAGGGGUCCUUUGAUUUCAGGGCUUCCUCCUCCUGGAUGGAGCCCGGCUGUGUGCAGCCAGCGAUGGCCAUGGAAGAUAACUCGAAAAAAACACCGGGUCGUAACAUAGCGGUGGAGAGAAAAAACCUGAUAACCGUGUGCAGGUUUUCAGUGAAGACGCUGUUAGAGAAAUACACAGCCGAGCCCAUCGAUGAUUCCUCUGAGGAGUUCAUCAACUUCGCAGCCAUCCUUGAACACAUCCUCAGCCAUCGUUUCAAAGGUACAACUUAUAUUCAACGACAUUCUCUGAGUGAGGAAGAGGACGAUGUUUUAACGUGUGAAGAGCAGCAGCCACUGAAGAGGCUCCUCAGGACAGCAGUUUUUUACCCCAUUCACCUGAGUCUCACCUUUAGGAGGUUCUAUGCAGAAGGAGCCAUCGUGUUAAGGGAGGAAGCCACCGUCCUAACAGGGAUGCUCAUAGGACUCGGAGCCAUAGAUUUUAAUUUCUGUCUUAAAGGAGAAGCCUUAGAUGGGAAAUCUUCUGCCGUGAUUGACUUCACACCUUACUUGAAAUUCACACAAAGCUAUGAUUACCUGAGUGAUGAUGACGAUCGACACAGUGUUGACAGCACCACAAGCGACGACAGCGUCCCGGACCACCCCUACAUCCCCCUGGUCCCCGACGAGGAGAGCUUGAGCACAAAGUGUCGCAAGAUGGAGCAGAGGUUCAACAUCGUCAAUGCUCAAAAGGGUUACCUGGAGGAGCUUGUACGCCUGCGUGAGUCCCAGCUGAAGAACACAGAAACGGAGAACAAGAGGCUAAAGGCCCACCUGGAGGAGCUGGAGAGCCACUGCAGGCAGGAGAAGAAGGAACUGGAGGCCAUCGUCCUGGAGCUUCAGGAGCAGCUGACAAGCUUAAUUCCCUGUGACUCCAACCACCUGGCCAAAAACCUUACAAUCCCUCUGGUCAACCAGUGGCCGGCGAUCCAGAUUUACAACAACCAAGACGACGUCAAGCUGUUCCGCCGGAGGAGUUUCCCCAGCACAGAGCUGCUGUCAGUGGAGAUCAGCCUGGACUCAGACUCCCAGAGGACUGAAGGGAAACAGAAUGGAGGAGCCUGGUGCACAGAAAAGGACUACACCCCCUCCAUGAUAGGCCUGUGUGGGUCCCUGUCCUCCCUCCGCAGCUGCAAGUCUCUGGCUAGCCUCAAGUCCAGUGAGUGCCUGGUCCACAUCAGCAAAGAGAACAGUCCUGCCCUCUCUCCCAGCUAGGGGGCGCUAAAGAAACACUGCCGACCUGUUAACUGAGACAAUUCAACAUGAAAACACAAAAGACUACUUCUGGGAGGUGGACAAAUGCUCUCUUUUGUGGCCCUGACGUGAGUUCCUUCAUGCUCUAGGUAUCAAGUUACACCUUUUUAAAGCAUUUGUGAAAGAGUAGCCUCCCUCUUUGUGGCAAAGACGCAGGAAAAGCUGCUGUACUGCCCGACGGCCUCCUGCAGCUUCACUGUCUCUAAUAGUCUUGACACGAUUAAGCCUCCUGGAAUGCAAACCACUGGUCCAAGAUGACCUCUGUUACGUCAUGAUGUGUGUAAUUACAGUCACGUCUCUACUGGUAACAUUGAACAAAAAAUCGCUGUAGGAUUGUCCUGUGUGUACUUGUCCAUUUGUCUGUGUCUUAUCCUUCUUCUGUCAGUGUAUCUUAUUCCGCCUCUUGCAUAAUACUGGCGGUGCUGGGUGGAUGAGCUGGUAUAACCUUAAAGGGAACAGAAACAAUGUUUUGCCAUAUUAUAUCAGACUAUUUUAAAAGAGAGGCUUAUACUGUUAACAUGGACAGAGGGUUUUAUGAUGAAGACUAUUUAGAAAUUAAAAGAAGCAGCUCUAUGAUAUUAGGAUGGUUUACAGUUUAGGCCUUAUUCAAUCAUAUAGUAUGUUAGACACAGAUUUUAGGAUGUGACAGUAAAGACUUGAGAGGCUAUAAAGGUUUGCAGAGCCAUUACAAUGUGAACUGACAUAAUAUCUAUUGCAUAUGAAUGCAAAUUGCAUUGCAACUAUGCAGAAUGAAUGUUUUCAUUGUCUUUUUCUAAAAACCUGGCUAGAUAGAGUAGUUUGAGCAGGAGAGAAAUAGUGAAUGUGCAACGUGCGUGUGUGUCAUUUGAUUUAUUUUUGAUUGGUUAUUUUUAUAUUUUUAAUUAAUUGUAUUGCUUUUAUCAUUUAGUGACAUAUAAAUUGCAAUCUCAUGCAAUGUUGUGAGAUUUGGGAUGCAUUGUGUUAUUUAAACUGCAAUAAAACUCCCUUUUUUGAAACAUUAAACA